AUGACAGUUGCAAAAUGGAAUGCCUCAAAUAAUAGAUUUGAGAGGCUAUUCAUUGCUUAUGGAUGCUCUAUAUCUAGUUUUUUAGGAGGUUAUCGAGCCAUACUUUAUGUAGACGGAUGUCACCUAAGCGGUCCAUACAAGGGAACAAUGCUGUCAGCAUGUAUAUAUGACACUAAUAAUGACUUAUUUCCGGUAGCAUAUGCCAUUGUUAGUGGGGAAAUAUUAGAAGAUUGGUCUUGGUUUCUUCAAAAUGUCAAAGACAUAAUAAGAUCAGUAGAGUUAACAAUUGUUUCUGAUCGGAAUAAUGUGAUUAUUAGUGCCGUGCAAGCUAUAUUUGGUAGUGGUGAGAGACAUGCAUUUUGCUACCGUCAUGUGAAGAAAAAUUUUAGCACAGCAUUUACAAAAAUCAAUAGAGGUAAGACGCGUACCUCGAGCAACAUGAAAGAUGAUGUGUUGAAAUUACUUGAUGCAAUUGCCUAUGCAAGGCAUGAGGCUGAAUUUAAUGUUGCAAUGGGGAAUCUAAGAUUGUUUGGUCCACAAUUGGCGCAAUGGGUUGAAACCCAAAGGGAUGUAGAUCAAUGGGCUCAAUGCAAGUUUGGAUAUAAACGAUGGGAUAAUAUCACAACUAAUCUUGCAGAAUCCUUUAAUGCUUGGAUUGUGAAAGAGAGAAAACACAAUGUUAAUGUCUUGAUUCAUGAGCAUAGAGAGAAAUUGGCAAAGAAGAUGGUCGUUAGCAAAGCGGCUAUGGGAAAUUGGAAACAUGGUUUCGGGCCUAACGUUGAGGCAAAAGUUAUGGAGCAAAUUGUGAGAGCUGAAAAUUUACACACACAAAUUUAUAGAGAAAAUUUGAUCUCUGUGCAAACUAUAUCAAUUAAUGGACUAAUACACUUAAAUGUUGAUCUUGCAGCACGUACAUGCUCUUGUUUAGCAUGGCAAAUGAGUGGAAUACCUUGUGCACAUGCUUGUGCAGCAAUCAAGCUACUUCAUGGCAAUGUGUACAAUUUUGUGGAUGAAUGUUACAAGUUUACUACUCAAGAAAAGAUAUAUGCCACCAGCGUGAAGCCGAUAGCCACGCAUGACUGUCCACAUCCAGAAGUAUUGACGGUGACAAAUUUAUUAACCGAAACCUUUUUGGAGCCACCAAUGACUAAAAGGCCUUCUGGUAGGCCAAGGAGUAAAAGAAGAGAAUCUCAAUUCCAAAACAAAAAGGUUUAUCAUUAUGGAAUAUGCCAUGAGAUUGGUCAUACCUCCAAGACUUGCAAGAAUCCUAAUCCAUGCUAG